CGGCGCCGCUUUCCAGCCGGGCCGCCGAGCGCGACGUACCGCACCGCACCGCACCGCGCCGCCUCGGCCGGGGGCUGCCACGGAUGAGGAGCAGCCCGCCUCCUGAUUCCUGCUGUGCCCUGCGGAAGUGGCCCGGCCCGGCCCGGCCCGGCCCGAGCAUGGCCCGCGUGGUCGGGAUGUUUAAGACCCUCAGGACCCACUGGAAGAAAAGCACGGUGGGGGUCUGCCUGUGCGCCUGGGGAGGAAGCUGGGUGUACGGCAAGCACUGAUGCUGUCCUGUAAGACCUGGGAAUGGGGUUUGCAUUAUCCAUGAAACACUGAAGCUCACUGUAAAGUGUUGUCAAAAGCAUAAACGAUAACCUGCUAAGGAGAGCUGCAUGCCAAGAAGCCCAGGUGUUUGGCAAUCAGUCGAUUCCUUCCAGCAUGCAAGUGAAGAAAGCAACAGUUUUUCUCAACCCAGCAGCUUGCAAAGGCAAAGCUAGGAACCUCUUUGAAAAGAAUGCCGCUCCAAUUUUGCACUUAUCUGGCUUGGAUGUAACAAUAGUUAAGACAGAUUAUGAAGGACAAGCAAAGAAGCUGCUGGAACUGAUGGAGAACACAGACUUGAUUAUUAUUGCAGGAGGGGAUGGAACUGUCCAGGAGGUCAUAACUGGGCUCCUCCGCAGAGCAGAUGAGGCUGCCUUCAGUAAGAUUCCAAUUGGAUUCAUACCCCUUGGGAAGACCAGUACCCUGAGCCACACACUCUACCCUGAAAGCACAAAUCAAGUCCAGUGCAUCACUAAUGCUACACUUGCCAUUCUGAAGGGUGAGACAGUUCCACUUGACAUACUGCAGAUCAAGGGAGAAAAGGAACAACCUGUGUUUGCAGUGACUGGGCUAAGAUGGGGAUCUUAUCGAGACACAGGAGUUAAAGUUAGCAAAUACUGGUACCUUGGGCCUCUGAAAACCAAAGCAGCUCACCUUUUCAGUACACUCAAGAAAUGGCCUCAGAAGCAUCAGGCCUCUCUCAUGUAUUUGGGUCCAACUGAGAGACCUCCAGAAGAGUCAGAAGAGAAGCUGCCCAGAGCCCCUUUAUAUGUGAGGAUUUACAGAAGACUUCUGCAAUACUGGUCACAUCCUGCAAAAGAAGUCCCCCAAGAGGCAGCUCAUGAGGCCUGGAAAGAAAUGAAGCUGUCCACCAUUGAACUCUCCAUCACGACUCGGAACAGGAAGCUUGAUCUGACGCACACAGAAGACUUCAUGAAUAUUUGCAUUGAACCAGAUACAGUUAGCAAGGGAAAUUUCAUAAACAGAGGAAGUCAAAAGAUGCUUGACCCCCAGAUGUGUCCUGAAGGAAGCCUGUGUCUCCAAGCCAGCAAAUGCAUCUUAAAGCUUCCGGAGGGCACAGAAGGCUUCUUCGGCUUAGACAGCGAGGAGUAUGAAGCCAUGCCUGUGGAGGUGAAGUUGUUACCUAGGAAACUCCGAUUCUUCUGCGACCCCCAAAGGAGGAAGCAGGGGCUGCAGGCAGCGGUGAAGUGAGGGGCAUUCACCCAAGUCAUCAAAUCUACAGUCUCCUGAAUACCCUCCCCCAAAGAACUCAGCCUGAGUCCUGAGUUAAUUGGCACGUUUCCAUGUCAGGUAUCAGCAGCUUUGGUGAGAGCUGCUGACAAGUAACAAGGGAAGUAAAACUGCACAUUGGACUCUGAGAAACGCACAUCAACUCAGUGGCAUCUUCUUUUGUCUAAAGACAACAUUGUUUCAUUUAAUAGCACUGCAGGCAGAUGCUAGUUAUACUGCCAGUCUUCAUUAAAGUGAAAUGGAAAAUGCA